UCUCCAGUUUCUGCUGCUGUUUUUUAUAAAUAGAUUGGAAUUGCAGCAUGGAAAAAACCAUCUCUCACUGCUCUCUUCUGCCUCACAAUCAUAGCAGAAAUCUCACCAUUCUUAACAUCUCUUGCAGAAAUCUCAGCUUUCUCUUGAGGAAAGCACAGAUUUGAAAGAAGAAAAAUGUUGAAGAGCAAAAACGCAACGACGAAGAUAACGGCGCUAGUCGUAGACGAUAGCAUGGUCAACCAAAUAAUUCACCACAAACUGUUGGAAAAUCAUGGCAUAGAAAUCCAGGUUGUAGGGAACGGGAAAGAAGCCAUUGAUGUCCACUGCUCAGGAAAACAAUUUGACCUUAUUCUCAUGGACAUGGAUAUGCCUGUCAUGAAUGGCAUCGAGGCAACAAGGACGCUGCGUGCGAUGGGAAUUCGAAGUACGAUUGCAGGUGUUUCGUCGCAUUCGUCUCUCAGUGAAGACGCACAAGAAUUUAUGGAAGCAGGCAUAGAUGAUUACCAAGAGAAACCAUUAACUCCUGCUAAGCUAGUUUCCAUCCUCCAAAAGGUUAAUCUCCAUGUUUGAAUUUCAUGGAUUAAUUAGUAUUAAGAAGGUAAAAAAAAUGUCAUGUACUCAAAUGUAACCCUCUCCCCAUCAAGUAGUUAUUGAAAUCAAGAUUCUAAAAGACGAUAGACGCUAGUCGGGUGGCGGGCUGGGGCCUAGCGCCUAGGCGGGGCUUAAGCGGGCGUCUAGGCGGACUAGGCGGAUGCAUUAUAUUUCUUGUAAAUAAGUGUCUAUUU